UGUAUAUAAGCCCGGUCACGGUUUAGUCGACUAGUUGCCGGUCAUCUACUACCACCUACAACAUGUCUUCUACUAAGGUUAUUUCUCUCGUCUUGGUGUUGAUGGUCGCCAUGACCUUGACCUUCGUCUCUGCCCAGUACGGCGGCUAUGGAGGUUAUGGAGGAUACGGAGGAAGAGGAUAUGGUGGAUACGGAGGAAGAGGAUAUGGUGGAUAUGGGGGAAGAGGCUACGGUGGAUAUGGUGGAGGAAGGGGUCGAGGAGGAUAUGGGGGAUACGGUGGAUACGGACGGUACGGUUAGAAAUGAUGGCUACUUAUUGAAGAUAUCUGUGUACAUAAUUGAGAUUGAGUAUUGUGAUACAUUUUUGUUAUUAAAAGUUUAUUAAUGUAUA